GGAACCGAUUCGAACUCAUUAAUUGAAAUAUUUAGGAAGAGGCAGUCGACUGAGUCUGAUUUUUUCUUUGAUUUUGAAGUUGAUUGUGAUUCAAGACUAUGCAGUUUUUUUUGGAGGGAUGGUCGGAUGAGACAAGACUAUGAGUUGUUUGGGGAUUUAUUAGUGCACGAUACAACUUAUCGCACUAAUAAAUAUGAUAUGAUUUGUGGCCCUUUUGUAGGGAUGAACCACCAUUGCAUGAAUGUAAUGUUUGGAUGUGGUUUUCUGAUGAAUGAGAGGAUAGAAUCAUUUGUGUGGCUGUUUAGAGCAUUUUUAAGGUCUAUGAAUGGGAAAUGUCCACAGACUAUCAUGACAGAUCAAUGUGCAUCCAUGGCUGCUGCUAUUUGUCAGGUGUUUCCAACAUCACGUCACCGUCUUUGCAUAUGGCAUAUUGGCGAGAAUUCGAAGAAGCAUAUCAAGGCGUUAAGGAAUAACAAGGAUUUCUUAGAUAUGUUUAACUGUGUGUUGAAAUACACAGAGACUGAAGCUGAGUUUGAAUUUUAUUGGACAAGGUUGGUGACUGACUACAAGUGCCACAAGAAUAGUUGGAUACAAAAGCUGUAUAACUGUAGGGAGAAGUGGUGUCCAGCAUUCAAUAAGGACUAUUUUUCAGGGGGCAUUUUAUCAUCGCAAAGGAGUGAAACUACUAACCAUUCGAUUUCAAGAAGGCUGUCCAAGACUGCAGGUCUAUGUGAUUUUUAUUCAUCGUUUGUUAGUGUAACUUCUGAAUGGAGGAGCAAAGAGAAUGGUGAAGACUUUCGUUGUACUCAAGGGGUACCCAACAUGAUGAUGGAGCACGUGAAACUUCUGUUACACGCUAGAGAGGUAUAUACGAUUGAGAUAUAUUUUUUGUUUGAGGAACAAUUCAUGAAAGGCAAUGCCUGUCAUCAAGAAAUGGUGUUGAAUGAAGGUUGUCAGUUCAAGUAUCACGUAUGGCGUCCAGAUAUAGAUAUUAUAAGGCAUGAAGUCAGUUUUAAGUUGUCAACCUUAGACAUUUCGUGUAGUUGCAAGUUGAUUUCGGAGUUAGGAAUUUUAUGCUGCCAUUGUUUACGCAUUCUUCAUAUACACUGUGUUUCAAGUAUUCCUAACAAAUAUAUCAUGAAAAGGUGGACUAAAAAGGUUGCUGAUGGUAGGGAUGUGAAUACUGGUUCAAUGUUUUGUAGAGCUGGUGUCCCUCCUUCAAUUUGGGUUGUGGAGAUUUGCAGAAAGUUUCAAAGACUGAUUUCAUCUAGUCAAGAUAACAGUGUAACUAGGCAGUUCUGUGAUGAAGCAGUUGAGGAAGCAAAGAAAAAGGUUGAAGCUGAGAUUGGCUAUGUGCAAAUUGAAGAGUGCGGUGUUUCAUCUUCAAGUGGUGUCAUUCAAAAUCCUUCAAACCGGAGAUCAAAAGGUGAGCGUAACGUAAGGAGGAGUAGUGUUAUUGAAAAGAAGUACAGUGCCGCAAGGGGGAGGAGGAGUGCUGCAAAUAAAGUUGCUUCGAGUACAAAGGGUGCUGUUCAGUCGUUGGUUUUGGAAAGUUUAUCUAAGAUUGCCGGGGAUGGGUACCUUGUACAUCCAAGUUCUGGGAGUUCGGAGUUUUGUCAGUAUAGUAAUGAUGUAGAUGAUAAUGCAGUUGUAGAUUGA